AUUCGGCACUCACUUCUGAAGAAUGACAGCCGUGGCCCUGGCGCUGCCCACGGACGACGACAAAGACGGCGGCCGCCGAGGCGUCGACCACUCCCCGACGGCUCCCGCGCCCCCUCCUCCGCCGCCGCCGCCCCAGGAGCUGGUCAUGGUGGCGCGCGCCGUGCAGCGGCUCGUGGCGCGGAACGACGCGGUGGUGCCGCCGGCGCCGGACGGGCGCGGAGGAGGCCGGAGACUCGGGAUGCGGGCGUUCGAGGCGGCGGAGGGCGCGGCGGCGCCGCGCAUCGGCGUGCCCGAGUACCUGGAGCGCGUGCACCGCUACGCCGCGCUGGACCCCGAGUGCUACGUCGUGGCGUACGCCUACGUGGACAUGGCCGCGCACCGCCGGCCCGCCGCCGCCGUCGCGUCCAGGAACGUCCACCGCCUCCUCCUCGCGUCCCUCCUCGUCGCCUCCAAGGUUCUCGACGACUUCCACCACAGCAACGCCUUCUUCGCGCGCGUGGGCGGCGUGAGCAACGCGGAGAUGAACAGGCUGGAGCUGGAGCUGCUGGACGUGCUCGACUUCGCGGUCGCGGUCGACCACCGCGUGUACCGCAGGUACCGCGAGCACCUGGAGAAGGAGACGACGCUGAUGAUGCUGCGCAGGGACGACGGCCACGGCCCGCCCGUGCCCGUGCCCGGCAGCGGCGCGGCGCCCACCAAGUCGAGAACGGCCGCGUCGUCGGUCGUCAAGCCGCCGCUGACGGAGGAUCGUCGCCGCCCGGCCGAAGCUGGCGACGCCGACGGCGGCGGCGAACACGACGACCGGCGGAAGCUGCCCAACAGCGCGACGGCGGCGGCGUCUCUUCGAGAGCUGUGGGCCUUCGAUUACUAGCCGUAGAUUGUUGCAUGUCCAAGCUGAAGCCUGCAGUGCAGGCAAAGAGUGUGUCGUGUGUUGUCGUGCGUGCUAAUCCAACGACAGGUAGUGUAACUGGAUGAAAUCUCAAGCUGUUGAGCGUCAUUGACGUACUGUUCAUCGAAUUGAAAACUAUACUAGUUGCCUAGUUCACAAUCUAUUCCUAGCUACCUGA